CUGGACCCUGGCCCUUAUGAUGAUAAGAGGGCCUGGAGAUCAGUGGGUGAGGACCUCAGACCUGAUGAUCGCCUAUCAACGAUGACAAGUACAGACCGAAGGGCUACUUGGGAUACUGUCACGCUGCCCAGGAGGGCCCAACGGCAAUAUGAGGUGGAGGAGUGCUCUCAGGAUCGUUGCCGCGACCAUAUCUGCGGCCGGGCCGCGUUCCUGGGCCCAUACGGAGCUUCCUCGUCCGACUCUUGCUCUCGAGAGGACUCUCCUGCCCGUCGUGGUCCUCACGGCCCUCGACUCUGCAAUGGCCAGGUCCGUCCUCAGCCUCUGGCACUGGCCAUCUCCCAGAUAGAUACCCUGCCAGCAGAGGCUACCAUAAGGCAACAGGAACGGCAGUAUGAUAGGGAGUUGAGGCAUGCAGGGCUAGGACCAGGCUUCAAGCCAUAUAUGCCCAAGGCCAUGGGACCUCCUACUAAGUACCAUAACAUGGCAACACGAGA